UAUUCUUUCAUGAUAGCUAGCCUCAUCUUCAGUUUCUUAGAUCAUAAACAUGGACGAAAUGCCCGCAACUGAGCCUUACGAGCCGUACCAGCACGCGGUCCCCUCACAUUCAGACGCGACCUCCGCUACGAACUCGAUUCCACCCAAGCUCGCGCAGGUUCUACCCAGGCUUCGCACUCCAGGUAUUACACCCACGUGGAUCACAGACUCUCUCGUCCCUAUGAUUAAGCUCGCGUAUGGCUCUAACCUCACGCAAACCGAAUUCGAUGACGGGACAUGGUCCGAAGUCAUCGAAAAAACAGACUUACUAAUCCAAGCAAUGGAUCGAGCAAACGUUGAUGAUUCCUUUAUACAAACCUACUAUGAGGCAUUGAGAACGAGGAACAGAGAUUUCAAUGAAGAUAUGAUAACAAUAGAAGGAGCUAGCAAAGAUAGUAAUCGCGAAUUCUGCGAGAUCCUGGCGGACAAAGGGGGAGAUUUCGCGAUUGCUAUGCUUAUGGUAUUGAGGACUAUGGAGAAUGUGGCGGAUGGUGAUGGGAGUAACGAGACAGAGUCGAGUGAAGAAACAGGUGGGGAAGAGGGGAAGAGUAAAACGGAAGGGACCAGUGGUACGAAAGAUGAUACUGCACAUAAUAGCGGGGAUGCUACUGAAGUCAUGGGAGAAAGCACUAAUAGCAGCAAGAGGGGAAGAAAGAAGAGAAAAGUGGCGAAAGGACUGGGUGGUUCAAGAGCUAUUUGAGAGAAGAGCUAUACUGAGCUAGGCUAGAUCUUAUACAGCCUCCCAGCGCCCAUCACUGUCAUCAACCCCAAAUGUUGUCUCACUGCUUUGGCAAGAAUAAGGUCCAAAGACCCAACACAUACAGCUUCCACGCCAAGUUCAGUAGCCGAGACACAUUAUUCCUACAAGAAAAGAGGCGUUCUAGAGCAUCAGCUUCCGUAUCUCGAAGAUUCCCACUAGAAAAUAAGACCUCUACCAGCCACCUGCAGGCGGUUGUCCGGGGUUUGUCAUAUCACAGCAGCAACCAUUGUUGACGCAUUUACAGUCGCCAGAGA